AUGUCCUGUGAUUGCUGUACUUGUGACAAAGUUGGCCUAGAUUAUUAUGGUGUAUUGUCAUUGACUAAAAAUUCUAAUGACCACGACAUAAAAAAAGCGUUCAGGCGAUUGGCAAUAAGUUAUCACCCGAAAAGUGAAGGGAAUAAUGCUUGCUUUGAAAUAUUUAACUUGAUAGCUGAAGCAUAUGAUGUACUUUCGAAUCCACUGAAAAGAGCUGUAUAUGAUCAGUAUGGUGAGGAAGGUUUAAAACGUGGAGUUCCAGGUCCUAAUGGAUUUAUCGAACCUUACGUUUAUCAUGGAGAACCGUUGAGAACUUAUAGAGAAUUUUUUGGUACUGAUAAUCCUUAUGGUGAUAUUCUGGAUUAUUUAACACAGCCACAGUUAUUAUUUGAAUUCCCAGAAGGUCGUGGAAUAAAAAAAAAGGAAGAGCCAGUGAUAAAUAGCUUACAGCUUACUUUGCAAGAGGUAUUUUUUGGUGGGACAAAGAAAAUAAAAAUUCAAAGAUAUGUUUUCGUUGAUAAUAAUAAAAUAAAAACGGAACUUAAAGAAGAGAUUUUGACAAUACCUAUAAAACCUGGUAUACCAACGAGAACACAAAUUAUUUACCCAGAAAUGGGUGAUGAAAGUCCGAGCAAAAUAUCGGCGGAUGUGAUUUUUAUUGUCGAGGAUCGACCUCACGAGACAUUUCAAAGGAAAGAUUCCGAUUUGUACAUGAUUGUUGAUGUGUUUCUGCGAGAAGCUCUUACAGGAACUACCAUUACUGUUAAUACCAUCGAUGAUAGAACAUUUCGAGUUCCGAUAACUUCUGUUAUCACACCAGAAUAUUGCAAGAUUAUCGAAGGGGAAGGAUUACCUUUACCUGAAAAUCCAAAAGAGAAGGGAAAUCUUAUAUUAAAUUUCAAUAUCGAAUUUCCAGUUUAUUUGUCGAUUAUUAGUAAAGAUUAUGUCCACAAAGCGUUCGAAUUACCGAUUACCAGCGACGCGAUAGAAAAUACCGAAUAUCUUCAUCGCUAUGGUGUUGAACGUUAUAAAAUGUGGAAUAUGUUAUAAAAAAAAAAAUAUACAAUUUUUAAUUUUUAUGAAAACGAUGUAUUAAUAUAUUUUAUCAAAAUUAUCUUUUUAUACAACAAUUGAUAAUUCAAAUUACAGUAAAACUGUUAUACCGACAA